AUGGCUGACUCAAUAGUUAUAACAGCCCUGUUAAUCAAUGACGAGUACGGGAGUUCCAAAGGUGGAAUCUCCACCGUCAAUCGCGAGGUGGCCAAGCUGCUACGGAAGGGCAACGUCCGGGUGUUCUCAACAGUUCUGUAUCCGCCUCCUGAGGAAGAUAUCGAGCGUGCAAAGAGCGACGGCGUCACCCUGUUGAUACCGUACCGUGAUCCCGACGACAGUAGAGAACCGUGUAUAGAAUGGCUGACCUACGAUCACCCGACUCGCUACCCGGUGAAGGCCCUUCCUGAACAGGUGGACAUCAUCGUGGGGCACUUCCCCAUCACCAGCCAAGCAGCCAAGAACAUCAGCGCGCGCUAUCCCCGGGCCAAGACCGUCCUGUGUAACCACAUCAUACCGUUCGACACCGAGCACUUUAAGGGAGACGCCGCGGCCAUAGGGGCGGCUGAGAAGGAGAAGAAGCUGACCAAAGAGGCGAAAGAUGUGCACGCCGUGUUUUCUGUCGGGCAUCGGAUCCAGAACCACUUCAGCAACCAGUACAGGGUGCACGAUCCGCCCAUCUCCCACCAUCUGUACCUCCCACAACCUUCGGAAAGCUUCGCGGAGACCGACGUGCGCUACGGCCCCGGGGAGAAGGUGGUGCUCACUGUCGGACGCGUGACAAAGGUAGAGCGGCUGAAGGGUCUAGACGUGGCGGCCAAGGCCAUGGGGAAAGCGAUCGAGAAGAUCCCGAACGCACGACUGCGAGUCCGCGGGAUUGCUGUCGAAGACUACGCCAAGAGUAAGAAGAUCCUCGAGGAAAACUUGGAUAGUGGCAAGCUGAAGCCGACGCUGCUACCGUACGGAACAGAGAGGGACAUCAUCCAAGACAUCCAGCAGGCCCACCUGGUCCUGAUGCCGUCCCGCGCCGAGCCGUUCGGACUGGUCGGACUGGAGGCCAUCGCAGCGGGCAUCCCCGUCCUCAUCUCGGACCAAUCCGGGCUCGCCGACCUGAUGAGGGAGUUGAUGAAGGAUGGGAAGGUCUCUGCCGACUUCAGGCACAAGAUCGUCUCCACAAGCGUCAGGGACUCCGACCUGGACAAGACCGCUCAGGUUUGGGCGGACAAGAUCGUGGACAUACUCGACGACGCGUACUUGGAGUCUGAAUUCAAGAAGGCGGCACAGUUCAAGAAAGAGCUGCUGGAGUCCAAGUACUGGGAAGAGUCUCACAAGACGUUCCUGGAGGUGUGUGGUGCACCCAAAGGGAAGAAGUAACUGAAAGGACGUGAGUGCUCGACUCGGAACCAAGAGGUCACGAGUUCGAGUCCUGACAUGCAUGCCACCGAUCUUAACAGGAUUUUCCUCACUUCGCUCAGGUGGAAAUGAGUACUAGUAUUGUAUUGUCUCUUGUGUUGGUGGCGGCAUUGAUAUAAGUUGGAAAAACUUGAGUGUGCCGUCACCACGUCUUGUGAUUACAUGUUGGAAUAUUUAAAAGAGUGUAUUUUAAGUAAGAAGAUUAAUCCUAUCAAAGAACACACUGUUUGUCUGGAAACGAUUUUAUUGGGUUGAGACUGCAAAGCAUUACUCCAAAUUCAUUAGUUGCACAAGGUGUAAUAAUUGCACUUACCAGAAUGGGUGGUGCUCUAUAUAACGUUAUGUAUCCCUUCAUACAUAAUGUAGAAAAAUGCAGUACACAUUAUAACUACAUGUAUCUCUUGACUAUAAUAAUUGGGUGAUGCCAUAUUGUACUGUUUGUUUGUUUGCUUUGAAUAAACAGGAUCUGUAUUUACAAUUUCAAGAGAAAGUAUUGAGCACAUGUCAUGUAGAACCAUUUGAAAUUGCAACAAGGAACAACAGAAACCAAAUUAACACAUCCAUACAAUAUUAACAGUUUCUGCAACACAUUGAUAAGACUAGCUAUUGACUUCAUGGGCAAAGUUAUAUUUCUUAAUCUUCAAAAUAUUCCAUGUACAUGAACCAAAUUAACAUGAAAACUGUAUCCAGAGUAGUUGAAAUGAAGCUGUACUAUCAAUAAAAUAGCACAAAAUUAAAUCAUUAUGUGCAACAUAUCAUACAUUUGUAUGUGCAUUGCUUAUCAUUUUCAAAUGAACAUAGAAUU